AGAGCGCUUCUUGAAUAAUCUUAAAACAAGGUGAGGGACUGGCAGACGGUGACCACCAUGUUCAACGACAGUAUUCGUUGGGAGGCGAGAGUUCUACCAGCAGGUCCACCACGUCUGCUGGGAUGGAACGUCCCUGCCGAAGAAUUAGUCCAUGUACCAGAACAUUGGCUGGUCUUUCCUGAGCCUAAUCCCUCCCUUCAUUAUAUGCUUGCCCUAUUAUACAUAUUAUUUACAUUUAUUGCCUUGCUUGGAAAUGGUCUCGUCAUAUGGAUAUUUUGCGCUGCCAAAUCUUUGAGGACUCCCUCGAACAUGUUCGUGGUGAAUCUUGCGAUUUGCGACUUUGCCAUGAUGAUGAAGACGCCAAUUUUUAUUUACAAUUCGUUUUACACUGGUUUCGCUUUGGGUAAUUUGGCGUGUCAGAUAUUUGCCACGAUCGGUUCGUUGUCCGGCAUCGGUGCGGCAGUAACCAACGCCGCUAUAGCAUAUGACAGAUACAGUACCAUAGCUAGACCAUUGGAUGGAAAAUUAUCUCGCGGUCAAGUGAUUCUCUUCAUCGGAUUGAUUUGGGUUUAUGUGUUACCAUGGGUCUUAAUGCCCGCCAUGGGUGUUUGGGGUCGUUACGUACCCGAAGGAUUUCUUACGAGCUGUACCUUUGAUUAUUUAACCGAUACCGGAGAAACAAGAUAUUUUGUUUUAACUUUAUUCAUAUUCUCUUAUUGCAUACCAAUGUCACUUAUUAUAUAUUAUUACAGUCAAAUUGUUAGCCACGUUGUUAAUCAUGAAAAAGCACUCAGAGAACAAGCUAAGAAGAUGAACGUUGAAAGCUUGAGAAGUAACUCUAAUCAGAAUGCUCAAUCUGCUGAAAUUCGUAUAGCAAAAGCUGCUAUUACAAUCUGUUUUCUAUUCGUUGCCGCAUGGACACCAUAUGCGGUGCUCGCCAUGAUCGGUGCGUUUGGAAAUAAAGCGUUACUUACUCCUGGCGUUACUAUGAUACCUGCAUGCUUUUGCAAAAGCGUUGCUUGUAUCGAUCCAUACGUUUAUGCAAUCAGUCAUCCUAAAUACAGGCUCGAGUUGCAAAAACGAUUACCAUGGUUAGAGCUUCAAGAAAAACCGAUAGUAUCUGACAGUACGAGUACCACAACCGAAACUGUUAAUACACCACCAGCUUCGAGUUAAUCUACGUCUACGUUUUACACAAUAAUGACGGAUCAACAAUAAUAAUAAUAAUAAUAAUAAUAAUAAUAAUAAUAAUAAUAAUAAUAAUAAUAAUAAUAAUAAUAAAGAGAAAAAAAGUAAAAAAAGAAAGAGAAAAAACUGCACUCGAUAUACUCUGAUAUUGUACGAUUUAUUCUGAUCUUCACACUGUAAAAUACGUGAUUAUAUUCUUGUAUAGUAAAUAACAUUCCAAUAAAGUAAAUCCCUGGCAUACAAUA